UAUAUUUUGCCUUGGGAGUGAGGGCUCCUCUCGUCUUUUUCAGCUGAAUGCGUGCUGCGCCAUAGCCGAUCGGAUCGAUCGGGAGCGAAGGUCCGGCUGUGGCGCCUCCAGCUCCAGGCAUGGCGGCAGAUCAGAAGCUCCAGCACCAGCCGUCGGCAGUGUCGCUCAUCGCCAAGAACUUUGCGUGCAGUGCCUUUAGCGCCUGCUUCGCCGAGGUCACUACCAUUCCUAUCGAUACUGCUAAGGUGAGGCUCCAGCUCCAGGGGAAGGCUGCCGAGGGAGCCGAUGCCUCGCGAUUGAAGUAUAGGGGAUUGUUGGGUACCGUGACGACUAUUGCCAAGGAAGAGGGCGCCGGAGCGCUGUGGAAAGGAAUCGUUCCUGGCUUGCACCGCCAGGUUUUGUUUGGAGGUCUUCGAAUUGGGCUUUAUGAGCCUGUCAAAAUGCUAUAUGUUGGAAAAGAUCACACCGGUGACGUGCCUUUGGUCAAGAAAAUUGCCGCGGGACUCACGACAGGUGCUUUAGCCAUAACUGUUGCGAAUCCUACUGAUCUUGUGAAGGUUCGGCUACAGGCCGAAGGAAAACUGGCACCCGGAGUUCCUCGGCGGUACUCCGGAGCAAUGGAUGCUUACGGGAAAAUAGUGAAACAGGAAGGUUUCGCAAAACUUUGGACUGGCCUGGGUCCAAAUGUGGCCCGUAACGCUAUCAUCAACGCGGCCGAGCUCGCUAGCUAUGAUCAAGUAAAACAGUCACUUUUAAAAGCUGGCCUUCCAGACAACAGUUUAACUCACGUAUUGUCCGGAUUGGGAGCUGGAUUUAUUGCCGUUUGUGUUGGAUCUCCGGUGGAUGUGGUGAAAUCGAGGAUGAUGGGAGAUUCUUCCAAAUACAAGGGCACUAUCGACUGUUUUGUAAAGACUUUACAAAACGAUGGUGUGACUGCGUUUUACAAAGGAUUUGUUCCAAAUUUUGUCCGGCUGGGCUCAUGGAACGUGGUGAUGUUUUUGACUCUAGAACAGACGAAGCGCUUGAUUCUGGGAAAGGAGUGAUUCGCUCUAUUAUUUUCAUGACCACUCGCAUGGAGUUUAUUCUUUUAUUCUUUUCUUUUCUUUUGAUGAAAUAAUGGGGAACAUAUUUCAGGACUA